CGCCGUCUCCGCCCUGCUGCUCUGCUUCAUCCCCAUGCCCUACGGCCGGUACUCCUCGCGGCGCUUCGGCUGGCUGCUGCCCGCCCGCCCCGCCUGGGCGCUGCAGGAGCUGCCCUCCCUCCUCGUCCCGCUCGGGCUCGCCGCCUGCGGCGGGGCGGCCGCCGCCUGGCCCAACCGCCUCCUGCUGGGCUGCUUCGUCGUGCACUACGCACACAGGGCACUCAUAUUCCCCCUUCUGAUCCGGGAAGGAAAACCAACACCACUUUUCACUUUUGUGCUAGCGUUUCUGUUCUGUGUUUCCAAUGGAUACUUGCAAGGCCGAAGCUUAAGCAACUACGCAAAAUACCCUUCAGGCUGGUUAAAAGAUCCACGUUUCAUUGCAGGUUUUAUAGGAUGGUUGAUUGGCAUGGCAAUCAAUAUUCAUUCUGAUCAUAUUCUCAGAAAUCUGAGAAAACCAGGGGAAACCGGUUACAAGAUACCAAGAGGAGGAAUGUUUGAGUAUGUCAGUGCAGCCAACUUUUUUGGAGAGAUCCUGGAAUGGUUUGGGUUUGCCCUCGCCUGCUGCACCAUUGAAAGCCUUGCAUUUGCGUUGUGUACGCUUUUCAUCUUGGGUUCAAGGGCAAAACAACACCACCAAUGGUACCUUGAGAAAUUUGAAGACUACCCAAAGCAAAGAAAAAUUGUGAUCCCAUAUGUGUACUGAGCUGUGCUUUUAACACCAUUUUUGAAAUGGAUGCUUUUUGUAACAGCUAACACUUUACAGUGACAAAGCCUUUGCAUCAGUGCUGCUGUUAGUUACUGCUUUUCCUCUUAAUGAAAACCCAGAAUCUGAUGGACAUGGUGAAUAGGAACAGAAAUGCUUUUCCAACCGUGGAGCACCACAGAUUAGGCAAUGUGUCUGAAUUCAUAUCAUGGAAAGUAUUGUACAGGACUUGUGGUGCUUUCUUUUUUGCCUAUGCAGGCUUCUGCUGUUUCCACUCUAUCUAGCCACACUGACCUGAGGAUUGUGCCGUGAGCCCAGUCGCCCUCACUGCAAUCUGGAUGGAGAACUGAUGAUGCAGA